GAGGCGGGGCCGGCGGCGCGGGGGCAAGAUGGCGGCGGUGGUGGAGGUGGAGGUUGGGGGGCCCCUGGACCACGAGGCGGAGGAGGUGGACUUAUCCCACUUGGCUCCAGAAGAGAGAUGGAGGGUCGAGCAUGCGCGGAUGCACGCCAAGCACCGGGGCCACGAGGCCAUGCACGCCGAGAUGGUCCUCAUCCUGAUCGCCACGCUGGUGGUUGCCCAGCUCCUCCUGGUACAGUGGAAGCAGAGGCACCCGCGCUCCUACAACAUGGUCACCCUCUUCCAGAUGUGGGUCGUCCCCCUCUACUUCACAGUCAAGCUGCACUGGUGGCGGUUCCUAGUCAUCUGGAUCUUCUUUUCCACCGUCACUGCCUUCGUCACGUUCAGAGCAACUCGCAAGCCCCUUGUUCAGACAACCCCCAGGUUGGUUUACAAGUGGUUUUUGCUAAUAUACAAGAUCAGCUACGCCACGGGAAUUGUUGGGUACAUGGCUGUCAUGUUCACAUUGUUCGGACUUAACUUAUUAUUCAGAAUCAAGCCAGAAGACGGGAUGGACUUUGGGAUUUCCCUCCUGUUCUACGGCCUCUAUUACGGCGUGCUCGAGCGGGACUUUGCCGAAAUGUGUGCUGACUACAUGGCGUCCACGAUAGGGUUUUACAGUGCAUCAGGCAUGCCGACAAAACACCUCUCCGACAGCGUCUGUGCAGUAUGCGGCCAGCAGAUCUUUGUCGACGUCAAUGAAGAAGGGAUCAUCGAGAACACGUACAGACUGUCUUGCAAUCAUGUCUUCCAUGAGUUUUGCAUCCGCGGUUGGUGCAUCGUUGGGAAGAAGCAGACCUGCCCGUACUGCAAAGAGAAGGUCGACCUGAAGCGGAUGUUCAGCAACCCCUGGGAAAGGCCGCACGUGAUGUAUGGGCAGCUCCUGGACUGGCUGCGUUACCUGGUGGCUUGGCAGCCGGUCAUCAUCGGAGUGGUGCAAGGCAUCAACUACAUCCUGGGGCUGGAGUAGCCCC